GUUCUAGAAAGGGGGAUUAACACUAUAAACAAAAGAUGUUCUAGAACAUUAAGGAUUAACAUAAUGAUGCAAUUAACAUUGGUUUCAAUACAAUUGUUACCCUACUACUGUGAAAAUAAAAACAAGUCAGUCAGAGUAAUCCAAUAUAAGCCUUUUCACCUAUACACAUAUUUAAUCCAAAAUCCAAUAUCUACAUCAUAUAACUUUUCAUUGAACAGUGCUAUUUUGUUCGACCAGCUUAUUAUACUACAAUAGGAUUAUUUAAUCACAACUGAAGUUCAAUAGCUUUUAUAUUUGUAAAGAGUAUUGGUCAGUCAAAUAAUAAUCGCUAGGAAUUUGAACCAGACUUUUAUAAUGUACAUGUACAUUGUAUACUGCUUAACAUCUCAAUAUGUCUAUUUUGGAUAUAAUGUGAAUAUUGUAGUAAUUUUAAUUUGCUGAUUGAAUCAAACUUCAGGCUGAGCUACAAAAAAGGCCCAUUGCCGGGGUUAUCAGAGCAGUGAUUAAAGAUCGACGUUGGGAACUUAAUAUGAUCAUGCGGACUCUGAGGAAAACCCCUCUUAUGUUCGGUGCGCUUUGUCUGACGUGUAUAAUUUGUGUACAUUAUCAGGAACAAAUUACGCAGACAUUUAAGAAACAAAUCGAAUCGUGGCAAACAAACACAACACUAGACGUGUUCAUCAAACGACUUCUAAGUAAGCAAUCUGAAGAAAAAUGUCGUCCCGUCAAAAAUCUGGUUUUUAUUAAAGUACAGAAAUGCGGCGGUUCAACUUUGGCGAAUAUUUUUGUACGAUACGGUGAUAAACACAAUUCAACUUUCAUUUUGCCACGAUCUGGACGUUCAAUCGUAAACAAAAAGGACAUAAAUGGCGACAUUGGCAAACACGUGAAUAUGUUAGUGCACCAUACAAGGUACGAAGAAGCACUCAUACAAAAGGUCAUGCCAAAUGACACUGUUUAUAUCGGGGUAAUUCGUGAACCUUUAAAACAUCUCAAGUCCUACUACAACUUUUAUAAUUAUGGUAAUAAUAAAUCAAAACCAAGUUUGAGUGAAUUUGAGGAAAACCCAUGGAAAUUCAAGGAAGAAAUGAGAAUUCUUCAAAACUUUCAAAGUUGGUGGUAUGGCUUAGACAAUCCAAUGAUGAACGAGACGAUAUCUCGGAAAUUCGUUGAAAGGAUCAACAAAAAGUUUGCCUUAAUCCUAAUAACAGACUAUAUGAAAGAAUCUCUGGUUCUUCUAAAGGAUAUACUAUGUUGGUCAUUGGAUGAUCUUUUAUUUAUCUCACAGAAGGUUUCCUCCGAACCCGUGGCAUCAAGGAUAAUGGGUCAACCGGGUCCCCGAAAUACAAGUAAUUUAAACCAUACAACCAAUAUGGAACUGGCUGUAGAUAACAUGCGCAAAUUCAGCAAUGUCGAUUACAAAAUGUUUGACUAUUUCAAUUCUUCUCUUUGGGCUCGCAUUAAAUCAAAGGGUGAGGAAUUUCAGCGAAGCUUGAAACAUUACGACGAUAAAUUACGCAGUCUUCAAAAAACUUGCAAAAACACGAAUGAAAGCAUGUUAUUAAGCGAUGAAUAUAUUCAAAAAGUAAUACAGGAAAAUCCUUCAUCACCCGACUAUAAUUGCCAUCGGAUCUUGUUUCCGCCAAACUGGUACAGUCGUUAUAUUCUCCACCCAAAGCAAGAAAACAAAACAAAACAUUACAAAAAAGCCGGGAGACCAACAAUAAUAGAGCAAGAAAAACAAAACAGAGAUGCCAAUAAGAAAAUGGCCGGUCGAACAACAAAAAAAAAGAUUCGUAGAGUCGUUAUAUUCUCCACCCAAAACAAGAAAACAAAGCAAAAAUUACAAAAAGGCCGGGAGACCAACAAUAAUAGAGCAAGAAAAACAAAACAGAGAUACCAAUACAAUAUAAAACGGCAGGUCGAACAAAAAUACAAUUAAGCAGAGCAACUAAUGAUAAAACAGGCCAAUAGCGCAACAAGAUGUCACCACCUGCCAUUUUUUACAGACGCUGAACGGCAACCAACAACAACCUCCGAACGCUUUUGGGAGAGUUAUCUAUUUAAUAUAUCACACAUUGUUUUAAUAAUUAUUUGCUAAUGGAUGUUUCAUGUAAAUUCUACUUGUUGCUGAAAUCGGCUACAUGAAUAGUUUGCCGUUGACGGAUCGGCAUUCAAUUCAGGAAAUACCAUUCGAUGUUUAAUUCAUUCAUAAUAUGUAUUUAUAUGCAUCUCGUUGUUCAUAUCGACAAAACCUAAAUGUCUAGAAGCAUUUAAAGUGGCAACGCCAUUUUCCAUUACCCAUCACCUUCCAUUAACCUUUCACUUGAUAUAGUUUAGUUUUAGUUUUUAGUUUAAAAUAGUUUAUUUUUGUGUCACUGAUAUUACAAUAUACAGUACAUAUAAAAUACAUAAUAAAAACAACAUUUUGUAACAUCACCAGCCGUUGCCGACUUAUGAGACAAAGUAUACAUUAUAUCUGAGUGUCACCCAUUACUACCCCCCAAUGGGCAGCUUGGGUCAACAUUCAUAAAGACAGAGACAAAAAAAUGUCUCUGGUAAAAAUGUAUACAUUAAUAACCAAUGAUAUAAAUUCAGUCUGAUUAAUCAGUUUGGCAUAAAUAAGCAGUUCAUGGAAUGAUAUUGUCAAUCAUUAUAUUAAAUACAUAUAUUGCACCUAAUGUGAGAUGGAUAUUGCAUAAUAAAUACAUAUAUUGCACUAAAUGAGAGUAGCAUGUUGCAUAUGGUCAAAAAUUACAAU